UAAUUUUCAUAGAAAAACAAUAUAUCAAUUGUUCAAUUGUUGACAUCAACAAUUCAGUCGCAAAUUCGCAAACGAUCCAUCUAGACGUGGAAAAGAUUAUCUGAACGAGUAGAAAAUAAUAAUUUAUAUCAAAGUCAAGUUUUAAGUUGUGAAUCCAAUCUCAUAAAGAAAAUGCACGUUUUUGAGUUUAGAAAUUUGAGAGAUGAUUCUUACAGAUGCGAAUUGUGCGGCAAGACGUUCAAUACGGAAUCAGAGUUACAACAACACAUUAAUAAAGAACAUAAACUCCGAAGUAACGGUGCUGGUUUCGGUGAAACAUUUAAGUACGAAGAGUAUUUGAUGAACGUGUUUCUUGAUGUUGUUUACAAAUGCCGAUAUUGCGGCAUGACAUUUAAAACGGAAUCAGAUUUAGAAGAUCACAUUAAGCAAUGGCAUACACCCAUGCCUAAUGGUGAUGGUUUAGGUGGAUCGUUUAAAUACAAUAAGCACGGGACAACAUGCGGAGAAUCUUUUAACGUAGAUCAUAACAUUCCUCUUUCUGAUUCCACUUCCUGCGAAAUGUUUUCACUAUUUGAAAAAUUACGAAUAUAUCCCGAAAAAUCUGAAAAAUUAAAAUCGGAAAAUGAAACUAAAAAAGAAUGUCUCAAAAUUUUUAAAGAAAGUAAAGAUGAGGAAGAUAUAAAAGGUCAAGGCCCUAAAAACAAAGAAAACAAUGAAGCAGAAGAAAAGCAAGAUCAAGCAGGUCAUCAGGAAUUUUCUCCAGCAAGUGCAGAAAAAAAUCGUCAAUUGGAAAAUUAAAAAUUUCAGAUUGAGAUUGAGAUUGGAAAACUUUCAAAAUUAAUUAUAAUUAUUAAAAUUGGCUUGUUUUUCGCAAAAUUUACAAAGCUAAAAGCAUUCGAUAUAAUUAGCUCUGCUCCAUAAAUUUUAUUAUAAAUGUGAUACAAACAUUUUCUAAAUUCAAAAUUGUACGUGUUUAUCAAUAAAAUUAAUUCUGAUA